UCUGAAGUAUGGCUGGCCCCAACAUCUCCAGGAAUUCUUCUUGCAAUCCUACACUGACGCCCCAUUUAACCAGUCUCUACCUCGUGGUGCUCAUUGGUGGGCUGGUGGGUAUCAUCUGUAUUCUGUUUCUGCUGGUGAAAAUGAACACCCGUUCUGUGACCACCAUGGCGGUUGUGAACUUGGUGGUGGUCCACAGUGUUUUUCUGCUGACGGUGCCUUUCCGCUUGGCCUACCUCAUCAAGCUGACUUGGACAUUUGGGCUGCCCUUCUGCAAAUUCGUGAGUGCCAUGCUGCACAUCCACAUGUACCUCACAUUCCUGUUCUAUGUGGUGAUCCUGGUCACCAGGUACCUCAUCUUCUUCAAGUGCAAGGACAAAGUGGAAUUCUACAGAAAGCUGCACGCUGUGGCUGCCAGUGCCAGCAUGUGGAUGCUGGUGAUUGUCAUUGUGGUGCCCCUCGUUGUUUCCCAGUACGGAAGGCAGGGGGAGUACAAUGAGACCCUCUGUUUUAAAUUCCACAAAGAACUUGUUCACGUGGAUGUACAAGUCAUCAACUACAUGAUGGCCGCUGUGGUCAUAGCCAUUGCAGUGAUUCUCUUGAUCUUCCAGGUCUUUAUCAUAAUAUCGAUGGUGAGGAAGCUAGGUCACUCCUUGCUAUCCCACCAGGAGUUCUGGGCUCAACUGAAAAACCUAUUUUUUAUAGGGAUCAUCCUCGUUUGUUUCCUUCCCUACCAGUUCUUUAGGAUCUAUUACUUACCACACUCCAAUGACUGUAAUGUUGCAUUUUACAAUGAAAUCCUCUUGAGUGUAACAGCAAUCAGCUGCUGUGACUUGCUGCUGUUUGUUUUGGGAGGAAGUCGUUGGUUUAAGCAAAAGAUAAUGGACUUGUGGAAUUGUGUUGUGUGCUGUUAGCCCAAAUCUCAGUCUUCAUAAUUGCUUCCUUUAUAUUGGGAAUGAGAAUGGGCACAGGGAAUGUCAGAAUGGUAGUUCAUUAUAUGAUCAAACCAUGCCUUGAUCUAGCCAGACAAGAGGAUUAUAUAAUGUUAGAACACUCAGCCUAGUCCUUAUUUAAUCCUGUGGUCUCUAAAUGAUGCCCAUACAAAGACGAGUGACGUUGAGGCCACCUGGAGUUGUAAUACUGCAUUAUACGUAUUUUCCAAUACAGAACAUCUGAUUGGCCCAUCCAGGUAACAUGAGCCUAACAAGUUUUAGAGUUUCAUUACCUCAUUCUAAUUUCCUCCAUUGGAAACAUGACCUUUUUAAAGGCUUUGAACUGGAUUCAACUCUUUAGUUCUUUUCACUCCACUUCUCCUAAGAUAGGUUUAUCCUGGGCAUGAUUUAGCUACAAAGACACAAAUUCUUCUUGGCUAACCAGAUAAGAUGUCCCAUUCAUCUCAUACCCUGACAAAAACAAAUAAGGAAGAAAAUAGUAAGAAACUUUUCAAGAUUAUCAAAACGCUGACGGGAAGUCAGGAACUUGUGGCCUUCUGUCAUAACAAGAUUUCUUAGAUUUGUUCUUUGACAGGUCAACUUUAAGGACAUGGAAAUCAACUUUCUCAAUAUUACCAAGUGUACUCUUGCUACAAAAAUCAUUUGAAAGUUUACAGAGCAUGCAUAAAUAAUGGUCAAACUACGACUUAGAGACUUUUCUUGGACAAAGCAUUAAAAUGAAUUACCAAGGGAAGUGAUUUUUUUCCUUUUCUGAUUUCUGAGAGAAUUUCUCAGUGUGCUGGGCUCCAGUUCAUUUAGAUUAUUUUUGGGAAAAGAAAGUUAUUUGAAAUUUUUAUAGUUCUCUUCCACUCUUAAAGUAAUGUGUUUUUAAAUAAACAAAAACUAAAAACAGGGAGUGGUGGGAAAUUUAUGUACGUAUUUAAAAUCACAUUAAGUUAUAUUGUGAGAUUAGGCUAUAUAAAGAAGGUUUUCUGAAUAUUUGAGGAAUGGAUGAAUAAACAUACUUGAAAGUAAUAAAUUUACAAUUCUUUAAAAUGCUAAAUGAUUUGGAUUUUCUUAUUAUAUUUGGAGUCACUUUUUAUGAAAUUUGAUUCAUAAUUUGUGAUAUGUAAGUGUUAAUUGAUUUUAUUUCAAGAAUCUCCAUUGCUGGCUAGCUUGAUACACAGAUUUGUGGGGUUUUGCUUUUUUGCUUUUUGGGUUUUGUUUUUCCUCCUCCUCCCCAUACUUCUUUGCCCUUAAUAUUCUCAAAACUAUCCCAGGAGCCUAGUCUUCUAUUUAAUGCUUUGGAAAACCCAAAGUAAUUAAAGAUAUGAAUAGAAGAACUGAAUGAAUUAAGAAAACGUUUUCUUUUUCAUCAAGGUAAAUCUUCCAGAAUUAAGUUUUUCUCAAUUUGUUAUCACUUUACGGAUCCAAAGAUUGUUCAGAUAAAUAAUAAAUACCCUUGUGAGCUUUUGUGCUCCCAUUACUCAGUUAUAGAAAUUAAUUCUGAGGACGAAAAAGUAGCAAUGUAGUUCAAACAUGACUUGUUUCAGAUUUUUUUCCUGUUUUAAAUUUUCUUUUAUCUUUCUGAAAAAGUUAUAUUUACUUUAUUUCUUGUUUGUGUUUUUUUUUUCUUAGUUUUUUCUUUCUUUCUUUGACUCAAAAUUUGUGAGACAAUUACUACAACCCAUAAAUGUCUGGAGAAAAUUUGUAAUGCCCAUAGAGUAUAUAAGAAAAUUUAAAAAAUAGAAAAAUAAUUAAAUUAAAAAACGAUUUGUGGGAAUUUCGUUAUGUUUAUUUCUCUCAUGACUAUCAUAAAUUUAUCUUGUAGAUUGUAUUAUUUUCCCUUCCUGAUUUCAGACAUGUUGAGAAUAGGCAAUUUUGAUUUUCUU